UCUUCUUAUUCUUCAAAUUUUCAAUCAUUUUCUCAGCCUAAACGACACCGUUUCGGAUCGAAUUAUCAGCAUUUUACUACAGAAAUGAAAAUUUUUGUGAAAACACUGAAGGGAACUCACUUUGAAAUUGAAGUCAAACCUGACGAUACGGUUAGUGAUGUGAAGAAAAAUAUAGAGGCGGUUCAGGGAUCAGAUGUUUAUCCUGCCGCGCAACAGAUGCUUAUUCAUCAGGGUAAAGUGUUGAAAGAUGGGACUACUUUGGAGGAAAAUAAAGUUGCUGAAAAUAGUUUUAUCGUUGUCAUGUUAUCCAAGAGCAAGAGCUCCCCUGCUGGAACUUCAACUGCAGUUGCUGCCUCAAAGGCGCCUCAGACGAGUGCCGCUUCUCCUGCCAUUCCUGUUGCAGCAACCCUGUCAACUCCUGCAACUGUGACACCGGCUGCAUCAGUUCCUCAAUCAACUCCAGUAUCAGCGCCAACGUCUACUUUGGAUGCCCUGUCUGGGGAUGUUUAUGGGCAAGCAGCAUCACAUCUGGUUGCAGGGACCAAUCUGGAGGGUGCAAUUCAGCAGAUUCUUGAUAUGGGUGGAGGUACAUGGGACAGGAACACAGUUAUACGUGCUCUACGUGCUGCUUUUAACAAUCCAGAAAGAGCUGUUGAAUAUCUAUAUUCUGGCAUACCUGAGGCAGCUGAACCUCCUCCUCUUGUUGCAGCUCCACCAGUGGCAGGUCCGCAAGCUGUGAACCCUGUGGUUCAGCCACCACAAGCCACACAAGCUGCAGCUGCUCCUUUAAAUGGACCAAAUGCAAAUCCCUUGAACCUCUUUCCUCAGGGUCUUCCUGGCGUGGGUGCAAAUGCUCCGGCGGGUGCUGGUGCAGGAGGCAACCUGGAUUUCCUGCGCAAUAAUCCACAAUUUCAAGCUUUUCGAGCGAUGGUGCAAGCUAAUCCACCGCUUUUACAGACAAUGCUUCAAGAAUUGGGGAAGCAAAACCCUCAGCUGUUGAGACUCAUUCAAAAUCAUCCAGCUGAUUUCAUUCGCUUGAUUGAUGAACGCGUUGAAGGCGGGGAGAAUGUACCUGGACAGCUCGCUGCAGGUGCGCCUCUGCAAAUAACAGUUACAGUUCAGGAGCGUGAAGCUAUUGGGCGUCUAGAAGCAAUGGGAUUUGACAGAGCCGUAGUACUGGAAGUAUUUUUCGCAUGCAACAAGAAUGAAGAGCUGGCUGCCAAUUACUUGCUAGACCACAUGCAUGAAUUUGAAGGCUAGUGUUGAUAAUCGGUGGUGGAUUAUAAAUUUUUUAAACCCGUACCAUCUCUUUUCGUUUCUCUAUAUCCCCCUUCUUGUGGUUAUUCACUCCGUUGCACCUUUGGUUAAGUGGCGGAAGAUCAGUAGGACCAAAAGGGGUCUUGGUCCCUCCAGAAUUUUGGGAUAUAUGUAGCAAUUAUUUAAUAUUUUAUAGUAAAAAAUAAAAUUUAUGUGUA